CAGGGACCGCAUCUACUUCGGGAGUCGUAGAUGAUUUUACAGCACCAUCAACCCUCGCUGACAAUGGCUACACGACGACCACUAUCCUGAGUAAAAACGUCCCCGCCCCAGAGUCAAGAUGGGGAUUUUGCAACACAAACCUAGGAGUUUUGGGAGUCACGUAUGACAAGUUACAGUCCGUAAGGUAGUGCAAGUUAGCAAGGAAAGCCGCAUUACAAAUCGAUCUGCUGAUCCUGUUUACAGCAUGACAAGUUCCCAAACACGCAUGAAAAUGCCUGUCAUGGGGUUGUGCAUCACAAAUGUUGCUGUCGUGGCAAAUCUGCAUGACAACUCUGGGGUGGGGAUGUUUUUACUCAGGAUAACCACCGGUAAGAAGAACGACAUCCUGCGCACGGACGACGAGCUGGCGGCGUACUUGGCCUAUCAACUGUAAAAAUGUCUGGGAUGAGGUCUGGUAUGUAGGACAGAGCAUGACAGAUUCUGUGAGAGUUCUAUCAUACCUAUCCUGCAUGAGGCACUGCCUCUCGAGUAAGUCAAAAGUGGACAGCUUUUGGUAAUCAUGCAAGACAGAUUUUUACAUGAUUCAGAUUUAGCAUGACAAGUUGCUUUGUUCCAGACCCAGACAUAUUUGCAGUUGAUAUGGCCAGGGAAGACACGAGAAUCAUCAACGAUCUGAUGGCAAAAAUGAAGCGCAUGAACAUGCCGGUUCCGCCCGAAGAUAUUUUCACCGGCAGGUUCCGGUACAAUGGCGGCGCGGGUCGUGCGGGAAAUGAAGAUGAUAAAGGAGAGCCACGCCGUGGGCGGGAAGUAGAAGCACUACAAGGCAAAGUAGCAGACGAAGAUCCGACGGCACAAGCUGCCAGUACGUUGGAAAAGCAAAACAAGGCGA